UUUUGUUUAUUCAAUGAGUAUUUCACAUCAGAUUAUUUGGAGAUCAGCACAUGAUUGAGAUUGAUCCACCAAAAUGAACGGCUAUCCGAAUGGAUAUCCUGGUGGUAGUAGUCAUGGAUUUCGUACUCCACACCCACCAAGAACUUCAAUGGAAAGUCGAAGAAAGCUUGCAUCUUCUGCAUCUCACCACAGUUUGAGAACAAGAACACAGACGGCAGGUACGAAUGGUGAACAACAUUCAAGAUAUCCAGCAAUGAAACAGAGAGGCUAUUAUUCCGAUAUCAUAAAUCCUGGAGCCACAGAUACCCUGAUGGAUGUUGAUUCUGGUCCAAAUGCUCAACAAGAUUUACUUUGGCAAAGUUUAACUCAAAAGCAUUUGCCUAGUGUUACAACAUUUGAAGCCGAUGAUGAUGAGUUUGAACAUCAAAUAAAAAGACAAAAGUAUGGUCCGACCACGGAACUUUCAACCAAAACAGAUUUCCCCGUUCGAGCUUGGCAACCUAAAGUACAAACACCAUACUAUGUUCCACCAGGACACACACCUCGAAAAAUUGAAAUUGAAAGGAGGAAAAGACAUUAUGCGAAACAGCGUUUAACAAGUUUACUUGCUCAUGAAGGAAUUCCAGACUCAAAUAAAUUAAUGCCAAAACGACAACCAAAAGAUCACAAAGUUGUAUUGAACCGAUCACCGGAUCCAGCACCAUUUCCACCAUUUCUUCCUCUACACAUUUUUGACAAUACAGAAUAUGAUCCAAGGACGCCGGAAGAAUGGCUUUCUCUUGGAUAUGAAACUCCCACUGUGCGUAAACCAGUACCAGGAAAAGCUUUGUUGCCAACAGAAGAUAAAGUUAAACCAGUUGAUCCUAAAGAUCCAAGUAUCAUGUACAAAUGGGUUAAUGUAGGAGUUUUAGAUUAUGAUCCUGAUUCUGAAUUGUGGUUGGUGCAGAAGAUAAAUGAUGAAGGAAGAAUAAUUGAUAGUAAUGGAAAUCCAAUUGUUAAUGGCGGAAUCAAGAAAUCAGGCGGCCGAAUUCAUGUUCUUGGUCAAUAUUGGAUUCCAAGAGUUCGACUCAUGUUCAGAGCGGAAGAUCCUCAUGUGUUUGCUCACAGAGUUGCUGAAGCAUAUCGAUUGAGAAAACAUACAGAAGGCUUGAUUCGUUACAACUUGUAUGUUGAUUGCAUGCCUUUGGACAAAAAUGUCUUAAAACUGGAUGAUAAGUUGUUUGAGGGAAUGAAGGAAAGAUCUUUGUCUACUCCUUAUCUAAGAGCUGAUGAUCCUGCUGUCGUGAAAUGUAUUAACAAAAUGGAAUCCCAAGUAAAUUUGGAUUUCAAACGUUCAAUGAACAAGUUAACAUUCGAUAAAGUCAUCUCGAAAGACAGAAAGCAAUAUGCAUAUGUUACCAUUCCAGAACCAACAGAGAUUAUCACCCGACCCAAAGGUUGUGUUGACGAUAUAUCAGAAUAUGACUUUGAAGAUCAAAGAGACAGUUUUGCCUUUAAUUCUUUGUGGACAAGGGUUGAAGCUAUUGUUGCUUCUUGUAAGGUUCAUGCUGAAUGUAACAAGGUCAAAGUGAUGUCUCUUUUCAACACAACCCUCACAAAAUCUAUGAAGCUUGAGGAGUUUGAACAAACACAGUCACAAGCAUACACUCAGGUUCAACUUUUUCUGAGAGAUUCUUGGAUUUCUACUCUUAGGGCAGCUGUACGAGGAAGUUUUCAAUAUGUUGGAAAAGGAUGGUUCAAUUUACAUGAAUCAAAUUGGGAAGUUUAUAGAAUUUCAAAACUGAGAAAGUACAUGGAGAUGGUGAAAUUUUGCAUGCAGGAUUCUCUUCGAUAUCUCGUUCAAGAUUCCCUUGUCAGCUUCACACAAAUGGUGUUGGAUGCUUGUUAUCAAGUUCUGGAUUGCAAAGAAGAUUUACCAUGGGGAGAAUCUUUACUUGUUUCAAAUUUCAAACCAAAGAAAAAUCCUCUUUUCGUUGUGGACCUUGUAGUAGAUCAAGAUGGGAUUCAUUACAGCACGCCCUAUGAUGGAUUUGAGACCGUUCUAGUCAAACUUUUUGACAAUGCAAUCGGAUCCACUCAACAUGUUCCCCAACUUGAACGACAUGUUCUUGAGGAAUUGUUUUGGCGAGGAACUCCUCUUCUUGAGUCUGUAGGUGCUCAUGAACCUCACAUUGAGGAACUCAGAAAAACUAUCAGGAAUGCAAUACAGAAGGCCUUGAUACCAUUGCGUGUUUAUGCAAAUUGUUAUGAAAAACACUUGGAUUUAUUCAAUCUUGUUGUGGAUGACUACAUUGCUGAUUUUGAUGCACAAGAGCACACAGCUGCACAAGUAAAGGCAGAAAUCGACAUGCAUCUGGCAGAGAAAGAGAUGUUAGAAAACACCAUACCAUCUAACAUUGUAAUAGGAGCAUUUUAUCUUAAUACAGAGAAUAUUCGACAAACUCUUUCCAAAAAACGAAGAGCCCUAGCAAAUGCUGUGCUUGAAUUGCUUGCCAAGAAAUUGAGAAUACAAGCAACAGAGGCUUGUGAAGAAUGCAAAACCAUAAGUCGGAAGCUGUAUGACAAGCCAAACACGAUUGAAGAAUUGAGUGAGAUGAGAGAGUGGAUGAAGUCAGUACCUGAACAACUUAUCAACCAUGUUGAAGUCAUUGAUCAUGCGAUGGUUGAUUAUGAACUUAUUGAAGAAUUCAACUACAAUCUUUCACAGGAUGAUUUUGUAACAAAAUGGACUGCUAUAGGAUGGCCGAAAAAACUGGAAGAUCAAAUGGACUCGACAUACAAAUCAUUAGAAGAAUUGGAAGAACAUUUCCACAAACUACAAUUAUCAGAUCAAAAUCAAUUCCAAGAUAAAAUGGAUACUUUGAAUAUGGUUGUGGCUGGUUUUGCUGCUCACAAUGAAAUCCAUAAAGCUCAUGAAGUUGCAAAUGAAGUAAGAAGAAUUAACAAACAACUUAAAGAAUGUCAGGGACUUGCACAAGUCUACAAUCAACGUGAAAGAUUAUUCAACAUGCCCGUUACCAAUUAUGAUAAACUGGGCAAGUUAAUGAAAGACUUCCAACCUUUCCGUGACUUGUGGACAACUACAUCUGAUUGGCUCAGAUGGCAUGAGUCAUGGAUGAAUGAUCCUCUGACCUCGAUUGACCCUGAGCAACUUGAACGAAAUGUCAACGAAAGCUUCAGAGUUCUACAUAAAUGUGGAAAGCAGUUCAAAGAUAUUCCUGGUGUUCAACAAGUUGCUCUGCAGAUGAAAGGUAGAGUUGAAGAUUUCAAGCCUUUCAUUCCAUUGAUUCAAGGAUUGAGAAAUCCUGGUAUGAGGAUUCGUCACUGGGAUUUGUUGUCUAAAGAGCUAGGAUUUUCUGUACAACCAAAGGCAUCACUCACAUUCAGCAAAUGUCUUGAGAUGAAGUUGGCAGAUCAUAUCGAUAAAAUUGCUAAAGUUGCCGAAGUUGCAGGAAAAGAAUUUUCUAUUGAACAAGCUCUUGAUAAGAUGGAGAAUGAAUGGGAGCCUGUGAAUUUUGAGGUGAAAUCAUACAAAGAGACUGGUACUUUCAUCAUCAAAUCACCAGAUGAAGCAUCUCAACUUCUUGAUGAUCAUAUUGUGAUGACACAAACAAUGUCCUUUUCUCCAUACAAGAAACCAUUUGAAGAUAGAAUCACUACAUGGGAAGGGAAACUCAGACUUACACAGGAUGUUCUCGAUGAAUGGCUGGUUUGCCAAAGAUCAUGGCUGUACCUAGAACCAAUCUUCAGUUCAGAAGAUAUCAACAGACAAUUACCUGUUGAAGGGAAAAGAUAUCAAACCAUGGAAAGAAUGUGGAGGAAAAUUAUGAAGAAUGCAAAUGAUAACACACAGGUCAUCUCACUCUGCUCUGAUUCUCGGCUUUUGGAGAAUUUGAAAGAAUGUAAUAAAUUAUUGGAACAAGUACAGAAAGGACUGAGUGAAUAUCUUGAGACAAAAAGAACUGCAUUCCCAAGAUUUUAUUUCCUGUCUGAUGAUGAACUUCUUGAAAUUCUUUCGCAAACUAAAGAUCCUACUGCUGUUCAACCUCAUUUGAGAAAGUGCUUCGAAAAUAUUGCAAAGAUCAAAUUUGAAUCGGAUAUGAGCAUGACACAGAUGAUAUCAGGAGAAGGUGAAAUGGUAGAUUUCUCUGAAAAGCUUUUCCCUACAGGCAACGUUGAAGAUUGGUUGGGAGAAGUGGAACGUGUCAUGAGAGAAUCUGUUCGCAAACAAUGUGAACUUGCAAUUGAAGCUUAUCCAAAUACAAAACGAACUGAAUGGGUGUUACAAUGGCCUGGUCAAGUCGUCAUUGCUGGUUCUCAAGUGUAUUGGGCAUCAACAGUAGAAGAAGCUAUCGAGGCUCAUGAUCUUGUCAAUUUUUAUGAAAAGCUGGUUGAAAUGUUAAAUGAUUUGGUUGGACUUGUGAGAGGAAAUCUCAGCAAACUGGGAAGAAUGAUCUUGUCUGCAUUGAUUGUAAUCGAGGUGCAUGCUCGAGAUGUUGUUGGCAACUUGCGCGAUGAAAACAUCCAAUCCGUUAAUGAUUUUGAAUGGAUCAGUCAGUUGAGAUAUUAUUGGAGGGAUGAUAUGUUUGUUCGUGCUGUAAAUGCUGAAUUUGCAUAUGGCUAUGAAUACCUGGGUAACACUGGGAGAUUGGUCAUCACUCCAUUGACUGACAGAUGUUACCUCACUCUUACUGGUGCUUUGCAUCUCAAGUUUGGUGGAGCUCCAGCAGGACCAGCUGGUACUGGUAAAACAGAAACAACGAAAGAUCUUGGAAAAGCACUCGCUAUUCAAACAGUUGUAUUUAACUGCAGCGAUCAAUUGGAUUUCAUGGCAAUGGGAAAAUUUUUCAAAGGACUUGCUAGCUCUGGAGCUUGGGCUUGUUUUGAUGAAUUCAACAGAAUUGAUAUUGAGGUAUUAUCAGUCGUUGCUCAACAAAUUGCAACAAUCCAGAAAGCACAACAACAAAGACUUGACAGAUUCAUGUUUGAAGGUGUUGAAUUGAAUCUUAAAGCUUCAUGUGCUGUGUUCAUUACAAUGAAUCCGGGUUACGCUGGAAGAACAGAGUUACCCGAUAACUUGAAGGCUUUGUUCAGACCAGUGGCAAUGAUGGUUCCAGAUUAUUCUAUGAUUGCUGAAAUUUCACUCUACAGUUUUGGAUUUAGCAAUGCAAAGCAUUUGGCAAGAAAGAUCACCGCGACUUUCAAAUUAUCAUCUGAACAACUUAGUUCGCAAGAUCAUUAUGAUUUUGGUAUGAGAGCAGUGAAAACUGUCAUUUCGGCUGCAGGUAACUUGAAGCGAGAACAUCAAGAAAUGAAUGAAGAAUUGAUUUGCUUGCGUGCUAUCAGAGAUGUCAAUGUACCCAAGUUCUUGCUCGAUGAUCUCAAACUUUUCAGAGGUAUUGUUUCUGAUCUCUUCCCCAAAAUUAAAGAAGAAGAUAUUGAUUAUGGUGCUCUCAUGGAAUCAAUUCAAUCAACUUGCCCUAAAGUUGGCUGCAAAGAUGUCGAAGGAUUUGUCACCAAAUGCAUUCAAUUGUAUGAAACCACUAUUGUACGACAUGGUCUUAUGUUGGUUGGACCAACAUGUUCUGGGAAAACAAAAUGUUCGAAUGUUCUUGCGAAAGCUCUCACAAAUAUCAAAGGACAACCUUCUGUCAGUGGUGGCAACUAUGAAGCUGUACAUGUUGAAACUUUGAAUCCAAAAUCAAUCACUAUGGGUCAGUUGUAUGGUGAAUUUGAUGCAAUGACUCAUGAAUGGACCGACGGAAUUUUGUCAACCCUAAUUCGACAAGGUGUUGCUGCCACUGAUGAAGAUAAACGAUGGUACAUGUUUGAUGGACCAGUUGAUGCAGUAUGGAUUGAAAACAUGAACACUGUGCUCGAUGAUAACAAAAAAUUAUGCCUAAGUAGCGGAGAAAUUAUCAAACUUACUGACCACAUGACAAUGAUGUUUGAGGUUGCAGAUUUGGCAGUUGCAUCACCAGCUACCGUGUCUCGUUGUGGUAUGGUUUAUCUUGAACCUGGUUAUAUUGGACUAAACCCAUUUGUUGAAUGUUGGAUGAGAAACAUACCAGAUGUAUUGUUGCCACAUCAAGAACAGAUUAAAUCACUUUUUGAUCGCUUUUUGGAGCCUUCAAUAGACUUCAUGCGUCACAAGAUGAGAGAGAUGGUUACAUCAGUAAAUGGUCAACUUGUAUUCAGUAUGUUGAGACUGAUGGAUUGUUUCUUUGCACCACUGAUUCCCAAAGAGGGUGAGCCUUUCUUGAGUGAUGAACAACUAGCAAAAGUGCCAGAUCUCAUUGAACCAUGGUUUUUCUUUUCUCUGAUUUGGAGUAUUGGAAGUACAACUGAUAAUGAUGGACGACAAAAGUUUUCUGUUUAUGUCAGAGAAAAAAUGAAAGAAUGUGAGGUAAAACUACCGUUCCCAGAAGAAGGCCUGGUUUAUGAUUAUCAACUUGAUGAUGUUGGGAUUACGAAGAAACAAACUGGUGAUUCAAUGGAUGAUGAUGAGGAUAAUACAGCAGAAGGGAAACAGAUCCAUUGGAAAAGUUGGUUGAAAUCAGCACCAUCAUUUGAAAUCACACCAGCUACUCCUUACGCAGAUAUCAUUAUUCCCACAAUCGAUACCAUCUGUACUUCAGCUCUUCUGGAAAUGCUUGUAUGCAACAAGAAACAGGUUCUGGUGAUUGGUCCCACAGGUACAGGGAAAUCAGUUGUCGUUGGAGAUAAAUUAUUAAAAGGAAUGCCGCAAGAAUAUAUUCCUAAUUUUAUGAUGUUUUCUGCCAAGACAUCUGCAAACCAGACACAAGAUCUCAUUGAUGGCAAACUUGACAAACGUAGGAAGGGAGUUUUUGCACCACCUCUUGGAAAGUAUGCCAUUUUCUUUAUUGAUGAUUUGAAUAUGCCCGCACUUGAAAAAUAUGGUGCACAACCACCUAUCGAACUACUGAGACAAUGGAUGGACCAUAAUGGAUGGUACGACAGAAAAUUGAUAGGUGAUUUCAGAAGACUUGUUGACAUCUCCUUUGUCUGUGCUAUGGGACCACCAGGUGGUGGAAGAAAUCCUAUCACACAACGUCUACUUCGACAUUUCAAUUAUGUGUCUUGCACUGACAUGGAAAUAUCAAGCAAGAAGAGAAUCUUUGCAACCAUUGUUCAAAGCUGGCUGACUGGAUCGAAGAGCCUCAUUGCUUUCGGAAAACCAGCACCAGCUGAUAUUCAAGAACUUUGCAAUGAAAUAGUAGAUUCUACCAUCUACAUGUACGAUACAAUCACCACACAACUUCUCCCAACUCCAGCUAAAUCACAUUAUACUUUCAACUUGAGAGAUCUUUCCAAAGUUUUCCAAGGAAUGUUGAUGAUGGAAGUCAGUAAAGUGGAAUCCAAAGAAAUGCUUCUUCGUCUGUGGUAUCACGAGAGUUGCAGAAUAUUUCAAGAUCGUCUUGUGAAUGAUGAAGAUAGAAACUGGUUUUCCAACAUGCUGGAAGAAAAAAUUGUGAAUAAUUUCAAGAUGCCAUUGGAGGAUGUUAUUCCUCUGAAGCCCGUGUUGUUUGGAGAUUUUUUUCAACCAAACUCAGACAACAAGUUAUAUCUUUAUGCUGAAGAUCAUAAAAAGAUGAUUGGCGUCAUUGAUGAAUUCCUUGAAGAUUACAAUCAAGUCAACACAGCUCAAAUGAAACUUGUACUUUUCCUCGAUGCUGUUCAACACGUUUGCAGAAUAUCUCGUAUUAUUCGUCAACCACUUGGAAAUGCUUUACUGCUAGGAGUUGGAGGAAGUGGGCGACAGAGUUUAUCAAGACUUGCUACUCAUAUGGCUGAUUAUGAAUUGUUCCAAAUUGAACUUGCAAAGAACUAUGGAGUGAAUGAAUGGAGAGAAGACAUUAAAACAUGCAUGUUGAAAGCUGGAUUGCAAAAUCAACCAAUUGUUUUCUUGUUUUGUGAUACUCAGAUCAAGGAUGAAUCGUUCUUGGAGGAUCUGAAUAAUAUUCUGAACUCUGGUGACGUACCGAACAUUUAUAAUUUUGAUGAUCAAGAUCAGAUAUUCACUGCAAUGAAACCAGUAGUAAUGGAUUCCGGUCUUCCACCAACAAAAUCAAACUUAUUCAAUGCUUUUACAAAACGUGUUAAAGCAAAUCUACACAGCAUUGUGUGUAUGAGCCCCAUUGGUGAAAUCUUCCGUGCUCGCCUUCGUAUGUUCCCUUCACUCAUCACCUGCUGUACAAUUGAUUGGUUUAGUGAAUGGCCACAAGAAGCAUUGCAGAGUGUUGCAAACACUUUCCUGAGUGAAAUUACCGAUAUUGAUACUUCAAAUGCUGAUUUGAUGGAAGGUAUGGUGAACAUGUGUGUUGAAAUGCAUCAAUCUGUUGCUGAUGCAUCAAAGAGAUUUCUUGCUGAAUUGUCUCGACACAAUUAUGUCACCCCUACAUCAUACCUUGAAUUGCUUGGAAUAUUCAGCAAACUUAUCGGCUUCAAGAUCAGUGAACUAAGUACAAACAAAAACAGAAUGAAAACUGGCUUGGAUAAACUUCUAAGUACAGCGGAUGACGUUGCAAAAAUGCAGGAAGAACUGGAAACAAUGAGACCAUUACUUGAAGAAGCUGCAAUAGAAACAGCAAACACUAUGGAACAAAUUCAGAAAGAUACCAUAACAGCAAAAGAUACACAAGUAGUUGUGCAAAAGCAGGAAGCAGAAGCUUCAGUGCAAGCAGAAAAAGCACAAGGAAUUGCUGAAAGCGCUCAACGAGAUCUUGAUGAAGCUUUACCUGCAUUAGAGGCUGCUCUGGCAAGCUUGAAAUCUUUGAACAAAAAUGAUGUCAUUGAGGUGAGAGCAAUGAUGAGGCCACCAGCUGGUGUGCGUCUUGUUAUUGAGGCAGUAUGCAUCAUGAGGGAAGUUAAACCCAAGAAAGUUGCCGGUGAAAAGAUGGGAACAAAGGUUGAUGAUUACUGGGAACCUGGUAAAGCACUUCUACAAGAUCCUGGCAAAUUCCUGGAAUCCUUGUUCAAGUUCGAUCGUGACAACAUCCCCGAUUCUGUUAUCACUAAAAUUCAACCCUAUAUUGACAAUGAAGAUUUCAUGCCUCAAGCAAUUGCUAAAGUAUCAAAAGCAUGUACUUCUAUCUGCCAGUGGGCCAGAGCCAUGCAUAAAUAUAACUUUGUUGCAAAAGGUGUGGCACCAAAACGUGCUGCAUUAGCUGAAGCACAAGCAGAAUUAUCAGCUACUCAGAAAAUCUUAGAUGAAGCAAAAGGUAAACUUGCAGAAGUUGAACAAGGAAUUGCAACCUUGCAAGAGAAAUACACUUUGUGUGUAAACAAGAAGGAAGAUUUGGAAGCAAAAUGCAAACAGUGUGAAGAUAGACUUAUCAGAGCAGACAAACUGAUCAAUGGAUUGGCCGAUGAAAAAAUCAGAUGGCAUGAAACUGUUACUAGACUCAAUCACAUGAUUGCAAACAUCAUUGGUGAUGUUAUGGUGUCUGCUGGAUCCGUUGCUUACCUGGGAGCCUUCACUGGUGAAUACAGGCAUGAUCUUUUACAUGAGUGGAAACAAGCUUUGGAUCAAAACAAAGUACCAAGAACUGAAUCACCUACUCUUAUCAGCACAUUGAGUGAUCCAGUGCGAAUCAGAAGUUGGCAAAUCAGUGGUUUACCUCGGGAUAAUUUGAGUGUUGAGAAUGGAGUGAUUGUACAAUACUCUCAAAGAUGGCCACUGUUUAUUGAUCCACAAGGACAGGCUAACAAAUGGGUCAAAGCUAUGGAAAGAGAAAAUGGACUCGAUGUCAUCAAACUCACUGAUCGUGAUUUCCUGAGAAGUUUGGAAAAUGCUGUCAGAUUUGGAAAACCGAUGUUACUUGAAAAUGUUAUGGAAGAAUUAGAUCCAGCCUUGGAACCUAUUCUCUUGAAACAAACAUUCAAACAACAAGGUGGUCUAGUGAUCAAACUUGGUGAUGCUGUGAUUCCAUAUCACGAUGACUUCAAACUUUACAUCACAUCUAAAUUACCAAAUCCACAUUAUACUCCUGAAGUAUCAGUUAAAGUAACUGUGGUCAACUUUACACUUGCUCCAAGUGGUCUCGAAGAUCAGCUUCUUGGUCGAGUUGUAGCUGAGGAACGUCCAGAUUUGGAAGAGGCAAAGAAUCAACUGAUCAUAACCAACGCAAAAAUGAAACAAGAAUUGAAAGAAAUUGAAGAUCAAAUUUUGUACAGACUAAGUGCAACAGAAGGAAAUCCAGUGGAUAAUGUUGAACUGAUUGAAAUUCUUGAAGCUUCAAAGAUCAAGGCUGGAGAAAUUCAGGCUAAAGUAGAGAUUGCAGAGCAGACUGAAAAAGACAUCGACUCAACCAGAUCUCAGUAUAUUCCUGUUGCCGUUCGUACUCAGAUCUUGUUCUUCUGUGUGUCUGAUCUAGCUAAUAUUGAUCCCAUGUAUCAGUAUUCAUUAGAAUGGUUUGUCGGAAUUUUCUUGAACAGCAUUGCUAAUGCUGCAAGAGCCGAUACAAUUGAGGAAAGAAUUCAUAACAUCAAUGAAUACAAUACGUUCAGUCUUUAUUCCAAUGUCUGCAGAUCUUUGUUUGAACGUCACAAGCUUAUGUUUGCGUUCUUGCUUUGUGCUCGAAUCCAAAUGAAUGACAAUCUAAUUGACAUGGAUGAAUGGAGAUGGUUGUUAGCUGGAGGAACUGUUACACCAGCCAAACUAUCAAACCCUGCUCCAGACUGGAUUUCUGACAGAUCAUGGGGUGACAUAUUGAUGUUGGCUGCUUUGCCUAAAUUUUCCGAAUUCGCAAAAGACUUCCAAAAUCACAUUGAUGGAUUCAGAAACAUCUUUGAUUCAGUCGAACCUCAUCGUGAACCAUUACCUGGUAAAUGGCAAGAAGAUCUUGACGAUUUCCAAAAAAUUAUUGUGCUCAGAUGCCUAAGAGCUGACAAGGUUACCAACGCAAUGCAAGACUAUGUUGCAAAAUACCUUGGGCAACGUUUCAUCGAGCCUCAGACCAGUGAUUUAGCAGUUGUAUUCAAAGAAUCAUCUGCAAUCACUCCUCUCAUUUUUGUGCUUUCAUCCGGAACUGACCCUGCAGCAGAUUUGUACAAAUUUGCCGAAGAAAUGAGAUUUUCCAAAAAGUUAUCUGCUAUAUCACUCGGACAGGGACAGGGUCCUAGAGCAGAAGCAUUGUUACGAAGUGCGAUGGAUCGUGGUAAAUGGGUUUUCUUCCAAAAUUGCCAUUUGUCACCAAGUUGGAUGCCUUCCCUGGAAAGAUUGAUUGAAAGUAUUGAUCCAGAAAAGGUCCAUCGUGACUUUAGACUGUGGUUGACAUCUAUGCCAAGCAACCGGUUUCCAGUUUCAAUUCUACAGAAUGGUAGUAAGAUGACAAUCGAACCUCCGAAAGGAAUCAAAGCUAAUUUGUUACGAGCUUACAUGUCUCAAAAUGAUGAUUUCUUGAAUUCUUGCAGCAAGGUGAGUGAGUUCAAGUCUCUUCUCCUCUCCCUUUGUCUGUUCCACGGAGUUGCUUUAGAAAGAAGAAAAUUUGGAGCAUUGGGAUUCAAUAUUCCAUAUGAAUUUACAACUGGAGAUUUGAGAAUUUGUAUUUCUCAGUUGAAAAUGUUCUUGGAUGAAUAUGAUGAUAUACCUUCCAAGGUCUUGACGUACACCGCUGGUCAUAUCAAUUAUGGUGGUAGAGUGACAGAUGAUUGGGAUCGUAGAUGUCUGAUGAAUAUUUUAUCUGAUUUUUAUAGUAUGGACGUACUCAAACCAGAUCAUGUAUACUCUGAAAGUGGAAUUUACAAACAGAUUGACACUGAUUUAGAUAACAAUGGAUACAUUCAAUAUAUUCGAAGUCUUCCGAUUAAUGAUACGCCAGAGAUAUUUGGAAUGCACGACAAUGCCAACAUUACAUUUGCUCAGAAUGAAUCAUUCUCUGCUCUCAAUGCUUUACUUAUGCUUCAACCCAGAUCAACCUCUGGUGGUGGAAGAUCAAGUGAAGAGAUGGUGGAAGAAAUUGCAAAGAAUAUUUUGGAAAGUGUCCCACAACCUGUUGAUAUUGAAAUGGUGAUGAAAAGAUAUCCUGUUUUGUACGAAGAGUCAAUGAACACAGUUGUAGUGCAAGAAGUCAUCAGAUACAAUCGAUUGCUGAAAACCAUCAUUUCUUCGUCUCAAGAUUUAUUGAAAGCAAUCAAAGGUCUUGUUGUAAUGUCAGAAUCUCUGGAAAAAAUGUUCAACAGUUUAUACAUCAAUGCUGUUCCUGAAAUGUGGGCUGGAAAGGCAUAUCCAUCAUUAAAACCACUUGCAUCUUGGACUGAAGAUCUUCUUUCAAGAAUGAAGUUUAUUCAGCAUUGGAUUGAUCAUGGUGUACCUACUGUCUUCUGGAUAUCUGGAUUCUUCUUUCCUCAGGCUUUUCUGACUGGUACUUUGCAGAAUUAUGCAAGAAAAGAAGUUGUAUCCAUUGAUACUGUUUCAUUUGAUUUCAAAGUGAUGAAAGAAUCUAAAGAUGAAUUGAAAUCUCGACCACCAGAUGGAUGUUAUAUCAGUGGUCUAUUUCUGGAAGGUUGUAGAUGGGAUGGUACCACUGGUAUGUUAGCAGAAUCCAAAGCAAAAGAACUAUAUACAGAUAUGGCUAUCAUGUGGCUUGUUCCUGCUGCAAAUCGAGUAACACCAACAUCAGGAAUCUACUUAUGCCCAAUCUACAAAACUCUAACAAGAGCUGGAACUCUGUCGACCACUGGACAUUCUACCAACUAUGUCAUCGCUGUUGAAGUACCAACUGAAAAAUCGCAGAAGCACUGGAUAAAACGUGGAGUCGCCAUGAUUUGCGCUUUAGAUUAUUAGUAUGUUUUUGGUUACUUUUGCUGUAUAUAUUUUGGAAUUAAAAUUAGUUGUAAUUAGUUAUGAUCAAGUAUAAUCUGUAGAUAAAUUAGAUUGUUAAAUAUUAAUUAUUUAUACCCCGUGUUUGAUAUGGUUUUAUACUUGGUUUAUGUUUGGUUAUUUGUUUUUCCAAUGUUUGAAGUUUAUUUUGAUAUCCAUUUAGCGCUCCCAGCCGUAAGUUACACUCUGCCAAGCUUGAGCUUGGGGUGAGCUUUGCAUUUCAUGUAUGAGCCAUUGUAUAUGGGACAUAUUUUUGACACCUUCCUAGUUUUUGUACUUUCCGGUUUUUUCUUAGUUCCAUUUAGUCUUCACAUCAGCAAAUACAAUGAUCACUGUAAAUGAGAUAUCUCCAACUGUACAGAUAGAUACGUUUUUUGGUAUAUAUUUAUGUUUUUGUGUAUAUUUGGUAUAAUAAACAGAUGCAUUUUAAAUAUCGUUGCUUGUAUCUGGAGAUUUAAUUUUUGGAUUUUAUUCAGACGAAGGUCGAAGAGAAAAGUGUGGUGAAGAACUGAAUGAAACUCAUUUUAGCUAAUCUUCCUUGACCAGUACAGUUUGACAGUUUGUUAUGUAAAAUGAUAUGACCAUGACAAUUACCAACCUUUUUAAACAUUCAUUAACUGGCGUAUUACUGUUUUUGU